GUGACAAAAUGACCUCCCGCAUGUAAUUGAAUGCAGCUGUCAUUGAGUGCAUGUGUAUGGAUGUCGAUCACACAUGUCCGUACAAAAUAAAGCAAUGGUGGGACACACAAUCAGUCAUUGAUUGUCUCAUUCUGUGUCUCUCUCUUCACCAAAACAGAAUCAGACCAAAACAGACGAGAAACAGACAAAAACUGUUGGCACAAAAGUUUGAUAGGCGACAACACACACAGACAUUAAUACAUAGACACACACAGACCGACACACAGAACGUGCAUGGAUGAGUGAAUGCACGUUCUGCCGGAAGUCGACGAAUCAGUCGUAUGGCGAACACGGCCGCUGCAUACAACAAAGCAGGAAUGUCCAUCACACUCAACCUGCACAAACGCACGCCCACAUGUUUGGAGACACCAACAUCGACAAACGGGCGUGGUGAUUCUCUUGGUCUUAUUCACUGAGAACUGAGAUGAGCUUUUGAGUUGGCCAGGUCCAUAAAGCUCUUGACAUUCUCGUCUGGCCAGUGAACCGACAGUAGGGUGGGAAGCCGCACUUGGUGCUUCAGGCGGGUGGGGCAGCGCUGCGCGACACGCCGAAGCAGAUGCUCCAGCAGACGCAUGCAGGCGUGCAGGGCACAGAUGCUCGUCCAUGACGAAGGCUGCCCGCCCGCCGCCACUGGAUGGCCGGUGGGCACACGGCAACUGAGGUCGCCGACCUUGAUCAUGGGCACUGGGUCAGCUGGCUUCACCUGCGUCCUCUGCAGUCGCCGGGGCGCUUGCGGCAGCUCGUGAGGCUUGAGCUUCAGCAGCGACAUGAAGUCAGACACACUGCCCGUCACAGUCAACCUGACACACACACACACACACACAGAGACAUAUCCAUCCAUCCAUCCUUCCUUCCUUGCAGUGUGUGUCAUAGUGUCUCCUUCACUCACAGCUUUUGUGUCGGGCCGGGGCUGAUUGCCAUGGACUUUGAUGUCGCUCGAGCUCUCGCUGCUGCUUUUGCAGUGCGAGGGCCUUGGCGCCGACGCGACGCGUGCAAUUGGCUUCGGCGGCACCUCUUCCUCCUCUUCUAUCUGGUCGACGGGCCCGUCGGGCAUAUCCUCGUCCACCUCAUCGUCCCAUCCCCUGCCCUCUCCCCCCAGACUGCCUCGUCCCCGCUUCUUGGCUGUGCCGACCUCAGCGUCGCCGUCCUCUCCCCCCUCCAUCUCGUCCAGGUCGGCGUGGCGGUUGGCCUCCUGCCCGUCGUCCAGCUGGGCCAUCAGCCCGUCGCCAGCAUGCUGAUGGACGUCAGGUCCGAAUGACGGUCGGACUCGUCAUCUGAACGGUGAAAGAGGUGCAGUGAGUGAUUGAGUGAAUGAAGUCGCAGUGCAAGAGUGAAAUGACUGACAAUGCGAGUAUGUGUGUGCGUGGUGGGCGGCGCCGCUGGAAGAUACGCCAGGCGGGCGCUGAGGAUGGUGCUGGCAUGUUUGUCGCAUGAUUGAGGGUUGGUCGAGUCGAUUGACGCAGUUCAUUUCAUGAGACACCGACAGACUCUGCCUGCCGUUGCGCCAUGAAACAGGCAAUAACGGAAGAAAAAAAAUGACUGACAAUCAUUGCUUACCCUGGUGCUCCGCCUUCCGGCGCUUGUUCGCACCUGAGUGAGAGGCAGACACAUGGACAAGUGAAUGAAUGGUGUCGUUGAACAGUGCUGCUUCUCUCUAUUGGUUUCUCUGCUCACCGGUUGUCAAUGACCGGCUGCGCUUUUUCUUGGAUGGCUGAUAGACAGAUGUGAAAGGCUUUCCUUUGAGGCCUUUCUUCUUCUUUGGACCCAUGGUGGCUUAGAAGGCACAGAGAACGCCUUAGAAGGAUACCAACGCUCUUUAUUGC